AUGGCGCCCUCGGGCAAAGACGAGAGCACGAAGAGUCGCCGUAAGAGUCUCAAUCCAUUUACGAGGCAUUCGUUGUCCAGUCUUUCGAACCUAAAUACAAACGUUGGGGAUGAGUACGCUACGAUUGGAGAAGGUGAGGGUGAGACGCAGAGAAGGGAGAGGAAGAAGCUUGGGAAGAGACACUCGGUGUUUAGCAUAGGACCUUCUGCUAGUCACGAAGUUGGCGCUCCAAAACAGGACGGUUCCUUGAGUCCUUCGCACAGCAAUGGCUCUCACUCUCCGAGAGUACGACCCCGGACACUUCAGAAAGGUCGGCCGACCUCUAUAUUCGGAUCUCUAGGGAAACGCUCGAUGACUUAUGUCGAUGAGGAGGAGGUAGACCAUUUCGCUUCCUCUGCUCCGGAGUCGCCUUGGGAAGACGGGCACCCGGAAGGUGCCACAACGCCGAAUAAGACUGUGCUAUAUCAUGGGGAGGUACAAACAGAAAGUGGCAUGUUUAGGAAGAAGAAGGAAUACCUGGUUUUGACAGAUUCAUAUCUGAUACGGUUCAAGAGUCAAUCGAGAGCAUCCGAGGUCUUCCCCUCAAUUCCGCAUGCCUACGGUCGUGGAGGCGCAACGAGACAUCCUUCGACUACUUCUGUAGGGUCGUUGCAGGAGGUGCAGUCAAAUCAUUCACAUACAUCGGCGGAAGGAGACAAUCGAAUUCCUUUAUCACAAAUUGUUACUGCAUACCGAGUAGAAGAUGGAAGGCCAUUCUUUACCACCGAGGUAGUAUAUUUAGAUGAAGAUUACCACGGGGUUGGCUCUAUACAACUUAUGCUUUACGAUCCUACAGACGCAGACCUUUGGCUCUCUUCAAUCCGAGGCGCCGCCCAGAAAGCGAGGCUUCUACAGGAAGAGCCUUUUCCCGCAAGAAUUAUCAAAUAUCUCGUACGCUUAGUAGAGGGCUUGCACGAUUACGAUCCCAACCAUUUUCAGGUCUUCCGGGUUGUCAGAAGAGCCCCGCUUGUGAAAGGUGGAAAAUCAACCUCAUCCUCAGACGAUUUACAAAAGUUGGCUGGAACGGUUUUUUAUAUGGUUGUUGGGAUCAACAAUAUUCAUCUGAUCCCGGUGCCAGAUUUUAGUGAUUCUUCCAGGAGAUUACUGGCCCCUAAGGCUAACCGGCAUACUCAUGGAAUCGUCACCCUAUAUAGGAUCAAUAUGUUGAGUGGGGAUGAUAGAUUUGAGCUUGCUUUCAGAAUGCCAUUGCAGCCCGUAAAAAUGUUAGAAUUAGCUGCAUUUGCCAGCUUUGAUAUUGUGGCGGUUAUCAAUAGAGCAUGGCAAUAUCUCAAACCUCUGUGGUUCGACCGCAGUUUCCUGCUGAAGGGUGCAGGAGAUCAAUUGCCUCUCGAAGAUGCUGUGCCACUCGUUGAAGCAGAGGAGUACGGUGCUUUUGACAGGACUCUCGUUGCUCACUGCAUAGCGUACAACUGUAACCCAGCAAAUGUACAGUAUGCAGUUGAUUGGCACGUUGAAGACGCUCCCGAAUUUCGCCUUUACCCUCCUGCGGUUACGCCAAAAUAUACCGUUUAUGAAUUAUUAGCAAUUUUCCGCUCACUUCGAUACAACAAUUCAUUCAACUCAAUCUCAUUUCGAGACAUAGACUUACAUAGUAUGCAUGGCAUGAUGGAUGACUGUGGGACUGAUCACGUCGCGUAUACCAGUCGUAAUGGGAUUCCUGUGACACAGUACUCCAAUAUUAAUCCACAGGCUCGAUCAAUAUUAUACCGCGAAGUUCAGGCUCUUGCGUUAAAGUCAUCUAGUCUGCGCCGCGUAGAUUUUACAAAUACUUUACCUAAAAGAAGACCUACAGAUAUGUUCGACUUGGAAGGUCGUGAAAUCGAGAAAGAUCCCGGUUGCGAGAUUGUUGGAGCAUUAUUACCCCUUUGCGGUAAAAAUCUUACUAGUAUCAGCUGGAUUAUAUUGAGUGGAAUAGAGCUUGGAGAAACGGAUCUCGAAGAGAUGAUACCUGCACUGAACGAGAGAGGGUCUCAAAUCCGAGCCAUUGAGUGCUCACAUUGCGGGCUCACCGAUCGGGGUAUUAUUCAGUUACUAGGUCAUUUAGAAAAGCAAAACGCCUCCCUCGAAUGCAUCAACAUCGCCGAUAAUUCUGGCCGCAUCGAGCCUGACAGAUUUUCAUCUUCGAUGAGUCGCUUUUCUCGAAUAAGGAAGCUUGAUUUAUCGAGAAUAACGAGAAUAUCAGGAGAUCAGCCACUCUUUGCUCCUGAGGUUUUACUGUCUUGGGACUUGGAGGAGCUUAUCAUGAACGGUAUUCCUAUUAACGACAAAUCUCUUGACGCGAUUGCUACAUAUUUGGCGAGCGACAAGUCUGAUUCACUAAGAGUUCUUCAAAUGGAGCAGUGUAAUCUUAAUGGUAAUCAUGUGGCUUUGCUAAUGAGAGCAAUGGCCAGGGAGGCAGGGCAAGCUCGGGAAUUACAGCUUCACGUCAACGCUAACAAGCUGGAAAAGGGUGUUGGCGAGAUUGCCAAAGCUAUCAAGGAGAAUCAUACACCAUCACACUUGGUCAUGCGAAUGAUCGAGUUCGAGAAAGAAGAUCAUUUCAGACAGAUUUUAGAAGCGCUGCGGACGAAUACGACCAUUCGGUCACUAGAUUUGUCAAAGGCCUCUUUACCGUAUGACGCAAAUGAGCUCACUUGCGAUACGUUACGCCUAGUUUUCGCUGAGAAUACAACGCUCCAGGAGCUCGAUAUUUCAGGAGAACAGGCCCAUCUAGAGGUGACACGAUUCGGUAUUGGUCUCAACCAUGGUCUUACUGGAUUGAAGGAGAACAAAGCUCUCAAGGUACUACGAAUCGAGUACCAAAACCUUGGAAUGGAAGGUGCCAACACGCUGUCAUCCGUUUUGGAGCACAACAAACACCUGACCCACGUCCAUUGCGAGCAUAAUGAUAUUAACCUGCAAGGCUUCACCAUCUUGGUAAACGCCCUUGCGACAAACUACACGGUGCUUGAAUUCCCAUUCAUGCACAACGAACAGGAUGCGUCUAUGAAGCGCAUUAGCACGAACAUGAUGGAGACACGAACUCAGGCACAGAAAAUGAAGGACGAUCACAACAAAUCCUCAGUCCGCCGAUCUUUGUCGACUUUCGGUAUCCACAAACCCAUGCCAGCGCAGGAUUUGACGCCCCAAGAUGUCGAUGCUGUAGUAAGAUUACUUGCCGAGCGGUGGGACACUCAAAUGCAGCGAAUGGCCAUGUUCCUCGAACGUAACCGAAACAUCGCUAAUGGUAUUGAGCCUGGCCCAGGUGACGGAUAUACUGUUGGUGAAGAAUUUCUCCGUCCUACGACCGCCAUGAGCGAUAAUGGCAUACUCGAAACUGUCCUUAGUAACACGACUCCUCGCGCCGAUAUGCCGAACCCUGUAGACACGCAUAUGAAUGCCAAAUUCGGUAACCUAGGUAUCUCCACAAUUCAAGAGGGCGAUGGCGAGGAGAACUCGUUCCAGCAUCCUAUCAUGCCGAGAUAUGGGCAGAGGAGUAUGUCAUUCGAGAUGAACGAUGAUGGGGCAAAUGAUAGAUUACCUAGAAUCCGGCGCCCGGAUGGGAGGUUCGAACCGUUAGAGAUCAGGGAACAUGCUCAGAUGUUCUCGAAUGGGGAGUUUUUCAAGAUGGAAUCUUGA